UAGAUAAAUAAAUAAAUAAAAUUAACCAAUAAACUAAACUAAACUAAAAUAAAAUAAAUGCAUAAAGAAAUAAAAUAAAAGCAUAAAGAAAUGAAUAAAUAAAUAAAUAAAUAAAUAAAUAGAUAAAAUUAACCAAUAAACUAAACUAAUAUAAAAUAAAAUAAAUGCAUAAAGAAAUGAAUAAUAAAAAAAUAAAUAAAAAAUUAACCAAUAAACUUAACUAAAAUAAAUACAUAGAUAAAUAAAUAAAUCCCCACAGACCCCCCGGAGGUCCAGCCCCCGGUGUCUUUAAAUCCUAGAAACGCCCCUGGCUCUGGUGAAGAAACAUUAAACUACUUAUUACUAUCAUAUCAACCUGUAGAUGAGACAGAUUCAGAUUAUCUGCUGGACAAUCUGCCGUUUAUCCAAAUAUUUAGUCGAUAACCUACAAAAAGAAGAAACCUCUCACAUGUCUCACGGACUCUGUCCUCUCCUUUAACCAGACGCAGUUGAGCCGUGCUCUGUAUUUCCCACCGCCCCUGAACGCAGCACCGCCCCUCUCGCGGUGAGUCCGCCUCUGCGCUCCAACCGGGAGCCGCCGACUUACUGACGGGCUGCGUGGGGAGCCGGUGUGGGCGCAGCGGAGGACUUUCCUAUAAAAGCCGGGAUCCCACGGCUGGACGAGCUUGUCUCAGUGUCCCCGGCAGACAGACACGUCCUCCCGCCGCUGCUCGGAUCCAUCGUCUCCGCCUCAACCGGAGGAAAUCUUAGUCUAUGGUUGUGACUGACGCUCCAACAAGGAUGUCCCGGACCGACGAGGUGCACCGUAUAACGGAGAAUGUCUACAAGUCCAUCAUGGAGCAGUUCAACCCCUGCCUGCGCAACUUCAUCGCCAUGGGGAAAAGCUACGAGAAGGCGCUCACCAGUGUCACAUACGCUGCAAAGGGCUACUUCGACGCUCUGGUGCGGAUGGGUGAGAUGGCCAGCGAAAGUCAAGGCUCUAAGGAUCUUGGGGAGGUGCUCUUUCAGAUGGCUGAAGUGCACAGACAGAUCCAGAUCCAGCUUGAAGAGAUGCUCAAGUCCUUCCACAACGAGCUGCUCACCGAGCUGGAGAAGAAGGUCGAGUUGGACGCACGCUACCUGAACGCUGCGCUGAAGAAGUACCAGAUGGAGCACAAGAGCAAAGGGGAGAGUUUGGAGAAGUGCCAGGCAGAGCUGAAAAAACUGCGCCGAAAGAGCCAGGGCAGCAAGCACCCGUCCAAGUAUGGAGACAAGGAGAUGCAGUACGUGGAGGCCAUCAGCAACAAGCAGAGCGAGCUGGACAACUACAUCGCCGAGGGCUACAAGAACGCUCUGUCCGAGGAGAGGAGGAGGUACUGCUUCCUGGUGGACCGUCAGUGCGCCGUCGCCAAGAAUAGCAGCGUCUACCACGGAAAGGGGAAAGAUCUUUUAUCCCAGAAGAUCCCGAUGUGGCAGCAGGCGUGCGCCGAGCCCAACAAACUGCCAGACCGUGCCAUGUUCCUGGCCCAGCAGAUGAGCGGUGCGGCAGGCGCCAUGGUCCCCGGUCAUCACCCAGGCAUGCCCAUCUCCGAGCCCAUCCCCGGUGCUAAACCCCUGCCGGUGCCUCCAGAGCUGGCGGCCCUCAGAGCCAGCGGAGGGAUGGGACAGCAGAGGCUGAUGGGUGUGGAGGGGGGCAUGCCGGUGAUGAACGGCACCGCCGGCGCUCAUGGAGGAGAGGACUACCAGCAGUGGAUGGAGGUCAAAGUGGCCCAGGGCAAAGUCUCACCACAGACCCAGCGGCACGGAGGGGAGGUCUACUCCAACACACUGCCUGUACGCAAGGUCGCCCCCGCCAAGGGCAAGACCACUCUGACGGAGACCCGCACACUGCCACGCUCCAGCUCCAUGGCGGCGGGACUGGAGAGAAACGGGAGGACCCGAGUUCAGGCCAUCUUCUCCCACGCAGCCGGAGACAACAGCACCCUGCUCAGCUUCUUCGAGGGCGACAUCGUGACCCUGCUGGUCCCCGAGGCCCGCGACGGGUGGCACUACGGAGAGAACGAGAAGACCAGGAUGCGCGGCUGGUUUCCCUUCUCCUACACCCGGGUCAUCGCUGAAGGUGACGGCAACUCCAUGAGGCAACUUCGAGUACACAACCUCCACGGGAAGAGCAGCAGCACAGGGAACCUUCUAGAGAGAGAGGACAUGGCUCUCCCUGCCCCUGAUUACGGCACCCAGUCCCGCAUGGCGGCACAGAGCGCCGCUGCGCUGCAUGGCAGACAACAACGCCCCUACAGCGUGGCGGGACCAGGCUUCUCACAGCAGGCGGUUGAAGAGUACGAGCCUCGCUUCCCCACAAGUUCCACAGAGGGCAAAUUGAUUUCGACAGUGUGAGGACAGACAGACAAACAGACUCAGCCAGACGAUGCGAUAGGACAGGCACCUCGCUGCCCCUCCACCACCCCCCUCCCCCAUCCUCACCCUCUCCUCCCCCGCCUCCCACUCAUGGCAAUAAACUCUCCCUGAGCCAAUCAAUGCGAGGAAGAGGCUUUGGUCUGUGUCCUCCCCCGCCUCUCUGAUCUCCCCUCCCCCCUCCUGACCUGCCCUGUGCUGCCUAACUGGCCGGUAGCCACAGCGGUCCGCCGGCGACGCCUCGGUGCAGCAGCCUCUGUGCCAGUCCAAUAUUCAGAAUCAAUGUGACGGACAUUUUCUGUGAGGAAAAUGUAUCUCUUGCUUGUCUUUCAUGCAUGUACAUUUGUUUAACACACGGCUGGGGGUUAUAUUUCCCCAGCAGAGGAACCUGGUUCCACAUGUCAGUGCUCUCCAUCAGAAUGACCAUGUAAUGGAACAUGUAAAUCAGGGUGUGAAAUAACGACGAGGAUUUUCAUGUGAAAACGACAUAAUCAAUAUUUUACUGGCUCUUUCAGUAUUUAACAUUUGAGCUUUUGAUGCUGUGAGCUUUUGUAUCCUCUGAGACGAGAGGCCAUGUAUCACGAGUAGUGAACUGCUGAUGUAAAUGUUUGAACUCACAGGACGCAGACGAUGUGACGGGGAUGUUUACUGUACAUAAAUGUGCCAUACAGAAGUGCUUGUCAUAACCUAUCUAUGAUCAGUUCAUUUAAUCAAUAAAACCCGCACCUUAUCAAAGUUUAUAUUUCUGACUGUGUGUGAACUCUAACGUCUUCGGCCUCCAUCACGGUGUGGAGGGACGCUGUCCUCAGACACACACACCCGGAGGCUCGGGGUCGAUAUUUGUGGGAGUGUGUGAAUAUCAUGCCAAGGCUGAAUGGGGUCGACUGUCCCUGAAUCACAUGACGUUUCUCAGUGUGGUGCUGAAACUUAUUCAUGAAGCAAAGAAACGUUCUCUGACUCCUGCUGCUGCUCAAACGUCUCAAUCUGCUGCUUCUUUCUGUUUCAUAAUCGGACGACGUCACUUUGGUAUUUAUCAGAAUAAAUAAUCACAUUUUGAAAACAUAAUUGGCCGACUAUAAAAAAUUCUGCGGCCUUGUUGAACCAUCGUUCAUGCAUGAAAGAAAAGACAACUGGUACUGUUGUUUGGCUCGGUGCACGUUCAGCACGUCCGAUUCAAUCACGUCUGUGAAUCGUUAAUUUAAAUGAAGAAUUCCAACCUGCUGUUUCCAUGGUCUCAUAAAGUUCAGUUAACAUUUGUGAAGUGAUGUCAGAGAGUAUAAAAUCUGGAGCUGCUCUGUGGACAAUAUCUAUUUUACACCCAGCUCUGAAACAGAAAAUGUUUCCAUAAACUCAAAACGUUCCUCGGGCUGCUCUCAGCGUCGUCUACAACAUCGUUCACCGUUUAUUGUUGCAGCCUAAAAUCCGCAGGCGACCAACUGUUGCCGUUCGAAGUGGCACAGAAGGUGCGUCUCUUUUAGCCGUUUUCCUCCUGCUCUCUCUGCACGGCUAACAUGAGCUAACACAGCACAAUAUGAUCUUGUCGCUACUCGUCAUAUUUAACACUUGGGCAGAAUCCUCGCUGCAGCAGUUAACGUCCGACACCGAGCCGUUAAUCACACAUCAACACCGAAACAUCUCGACUCUGUUAAUAUAAAUAAUCAUGGGUAACGUAAGCAGUGUGAUGCUAACAGUUAGCCCUGUCACUGUGUGCGUGACUCUGAGCUCCGGUCCUGCAGCAGUCUGAUGAUAAACAGAGAGAAUCAACACGCUGCACGCAGCUCAACAAUAAAAUUAGAUUUUACCCUUUAAAUCGGUACCUUUAAAGAGAUAGUGCACCCAAAAAUGUAAAUGCAGCCAUUAUCUACUCACCCAUAUGCCGAGGGAGGCUCAGGUGAAGUUUUAGAGUCCUCACAUCACUUGCAGAGAUCCAAGGGGAGAGGAGGUAGCAACACAACUCCACCUAAUGGAGGCUGACGGCGCCCCAGAUUCAAACGUCCAAAAACACAUAAUUGAAACCACAAAAUAUCUCCAUACUGCUCGUCCGUAGUGAUCCAAGUGUCCUGAAGCCCCGACAUAAAAAGUUGUUUGGAAAAAUAGGUCACACAGAAUUCACAGAGAUUGGUUGAAUUUGUGUUCAGCGACCGCAUCCUGGAGGGAGCGUUUUAUGGAGCAGCUUCGAACUUUAUACUUGAUGACAUCACAGAUUUGAGUGCGAGGACUCUAGUUUUUGGAUUUGGGACGUUUAUGAUUUUUACAAAUAUUUUUGGGCUGCCAGAGACCAGAGGAAUAACAUGUUAGAAUUUUGAAAAUUAGUUCAUCUUUAAGAUCGACAAUGACUCGGGGGCGGAGCCAGACGCUUCAAACAUUCACGGAUCAGAAUGAUUUCAAAUGAUUUAAGACAUCAGACUGAAUAUUUACAUCAUUUGCAAAAAUCAAGAUGAAAUCAUCCUGUAGAGCUGCAUCCUGUUUUGUAUCUUCAUCACUCUGACACCAGAGUCAUCCUCAGCAUUUGUUGAAGAUGACUCAUUUUCACUCCAGCCUCCUAAACAUCGUCUGAUAUUAUUUUUAAGUUGUAAACGGCAUCACUAAUCCAGAAACCGGUUUUUGUUUCGCUCUGCUGGAGUUCACAGAACGACUGAUAUAUCUGCCACGUUUAAUCCAUCCCAUAAUAAUCUGUGCUGCUCUAACUGCAAAUCAAGGAUCCCCACCAGGCCGAAUAAAUGUGUAAAACUCUGAGGAGCCCCAGAAGCCCCGCCUCCUCUCCACCCCUGAAAUGAUUGUCUGAUGAACGUGUGAUUGAAUCGAGGCGUCCGCGCUGUGAACAUAAUCAGAGUCUCUGUUGUAUCCGGGGCUCAUGUUUGUGCAGCCAUGAAGGGGGGAGGAGUUAAUGUGAUGUUGAAACCUCAUUCAGCCUUCAUCUUCUUCUUCUUCUUCUUCUUCUUCUGUUGUCUUUGUAAUUAAAAAGUAAAAAAAAAGCCCAGUGAGUAAAAGCAUCAUGUUCUGAAGAUAAAAGACUGUUUGUCUGAUUCUCUCUGUGCUAAAUAAAGAUGCUGGUCUGCUUGUCUGUAUGUCCGUCCAGUUAGUGCCUGUCUUUACUAACCCCUGUCCCUCUGUCCACAUCUGAUGUCCACUAACGAGCCCACUUAGAACGGGUCUUCCUCAUAUCGUUGAGGUUUUCACAGAAAUCUGGUCCCUGUAGUUUUUACCAAAGAGAAGAGGUGAACGUUUAGACUCCUUGUGCGUCCCCUGCUCUGCAGAAAUGUCCGUCCUUACCAGUUAUUUUUUAAGAGUCUUAAAAAAGAGAUAUUUUACAUGUGUUGCCAGCAGCUCUUCAGUGUCAGCUGCGUUUCUAUAAAUGAGACUCAAGUCAGGACAGACAUAUCUGCACUGUGGACAUGUUUCCUUGCUGUCUCUCUGCUCUCCUCUCUGUUUGUCUGUCUCCUAACACUCGUCUUCCCCCUCAGCUUUGCCAACUCCCCUUUUUCUCCA